ACGAGUUAGAUAGUCUAAAGUUGGUCGGUCACAACUGCGCACACAUUUCUCCUCAAUUUAACAGAUAAAAUGGAUCAAGCCAUACUCAAUUUGAUGUUGUCGAAUAUGGAUGGUUCUACAGAAGAUUCUUCAUCGGAGACCAAUUCCAUUAUCGAUGAAUUUGAGUUAAUGAACACUCAGAGCAAGGGAAACUGCUGCCAGAAACUAAAAUCCAUAUUGCAGCAGGCAGGCAAGUUGAUUAAACUAAAAGAUGAGCAAAUCGAAUCGAAAGAUCAGCAAAUUGAUAAUCAUGUAAAGACAAUAUCAACGCUGUCAAUAAAAUGUCUGGAAAUACAUAAGCAUUAUAUGGAGAAUCAAAUGGCCGAAAAGAACAAGGAAGUAUCGCAGAUUUUGUCAAAGUACCCGGACCAACUAAAGGAGUCGAUGGCUCCCUCAAACGAGACCAACGAAGCACUAAAUAGCCAUGAAACAAUAAAAGAACAACUCAGAGAUCAAUUGGCGGACCAAGCUAAAGCUAGAGAAGAUCAACUCAAUGCUCUUUUAGAGGAGUCGAAUAAAAAAGUUGAGAAUCUAAUCGCGCAGCUAUCAGAAGCCGAAAGUAAACUUAAAGAGGCGAAUACAUUUUUACAGGAGUCCAACGAGAAAGUAAAGAUGCUCGAAAUUGAGAAACAGCAAAUGGAGAAUAAGCUGACAUUAAAAAUUAACGAGUAUGAAAUUCUGAUAAAAAAUAACGAAACAAAAAUAAAGAAUUCAGAUAACAAAGAACACAAAUCGAUAAUUCACGUGACAGGAUGGAGAUCCCAGAAGGUGACCAUUAACAAUGAUAUCGCUGGUCCUAGUUGGAUAGUCAUAAAACGUUCUGAACGUCAAAGCGGAUCACUCAAGAAAACUAUUGACGUUGACUCGAGUUGGGUGUACGAUCUCACAAAAGAUCAUCCCCACGAAUUAUACAUUCACUUAGUAUAUAAGGAUGGAACCACUUCAUUUGCCCACUAUGAUGAAUUUGCUCUUCAUGAUUGGAACGGCAGUGUAUAUAAAAUAAAAUCGAUGGGUGCUCUUAGAACCUCGAUGGCGAUUGUAGGCGAUUUCUGCGGAAAAUCUGUUGAUAAUUUUUGGAUCACUUUUGAAAGCGAAUGUACUUUAAUUUGCACUUUUAUGGUAAGACAGAGAUUAAAAUAUCAACUACAUAACUGAAUAAAACGGUCCGCGCAAAAUGUGGAUGUCGGUAAUAAUAAUUUUUGAAAAUAAUUUUCAUUUAUUUUACUGUAUAAUAACGGAAUAUCUAAUAGUCAUAUUAACAAAAACAUAAAUAGCCAUAAUUAAUCAGUCUCAAUUUUUGGAAUUUGAAGGAAAA